AUGGCCUCUACUACUGCCCUACCAAAAGGUACCGUCAUUCAAAGGACGGUCACCUCUUCCACUGCCGAAUCCUCCCCCUCGACAGCUGCAGGCUCACCCAAUGAGACCCCCAGAAGAUCUUCUUCGUCUACCUCCUUGUCGUCUAUGUCAUCUCUAGGCGAUGAUGUCAAGAAAACCAAGGGAACUGGAUAUGGCAAACUCAUUGAUACCUAUGGAAAUGGAUUCGAGCUUCCAGAUUAUACCGUCAACGACAUCCGAAAUGCAAUCCCCAAGCAUUGCUUUGAGCGCUCUGGAGCACGAGGUCUGGCUUAUGUUGCUCGCGACAUUGCCAGCUUGGCCACUACGUUUUUCCUCUUCAACAGAUAUCUUACCCCAGAAAACGUCCCUUCGACUCCAGUUCGCGCUGUGUUGUGGGCUCUAUACACUGUGGUCCAGGGUUUGUUUGGUACCGGUCUUUGGGUCCUUGCUCAUGAGUGUGGUCACCAAUCUUUCUCCCCCUCAAAGGUUUUGAACGACACAACCGGAUGGAUCUGCCACUCUGUUCUCCUCGUCCCAUACUUCUCAUGGAAGAUCUCCCACGGCAAGCACCACAAGGCAACAGGACACAUGGAGCGCGAUAUGGUUUUCGUUCCCAAGACUCGCCAAGAUUAUGCUACCCGUAUCGGAAAACUCGUUCACGAGGUUCACGAGCUCACCGAGGAGACUCCAAUUGCAACUCUGAUCCACUCUCUCGCGCAACAACUUUUAGGCUGGCCCUUGUACUUGUUCCAGAACGUCACCGGCCACAACUACCACGAGCGUCAACCCGAAGGUCGUGGAAAAGGAAAAGUCAAUAGCUUUUGGACAGUCAGUCACUUUAACCCAGCCAGUCCUCUCUAUGAAGCCAAGGAUGCCAAAUUGAUCUUGUUGAGUGAUUUUGGUAUCGCCAUCACCGCCACCGUUCUCAUCAUGCUCACGAAGACUUUCGGUUUCUACAACAUGGCCAUUUGGUACUUUGCUCCCUACAUCUGGGUCAACCAUUGGCUCGUUGCCAUCACCUUCCUUCAACACACCGACCCAACCCUUCCUCACUACUCCGGCGAGAGCUGGAACUACGUUCGUGGAGCCGCCGCAACCAUCGACCGUGAAUUCGGAUUUGUUGGCCGCACUCUUCUACACGGUAUCAUCGAGACCCACGUUCUCCACCACUACGUCAGCACCAUUCCAUUCUACCACGCCGAUGAAGCCACCGAGGCCAUCAAACCCAUCAUGGGUCGACAUUACAGAGCCGACGUCCGAGGAGGAUCUCUCGGAUUCUUAAAGAGCUUGUACACCAGCGCUCGUUGGUGCCAAUGGGUUGAACCAUCUGAGGGUGCCGAGGGUGAAGGCAAGAAAGUCUUUUUCUUCCGUAACCGCAACGGACUCGGCACGGCACCAAUGAAAUUGAAGGCCUAG